AUGAAGGUGGACCCCUAUAUACCCAACUUCACGCUGGCGUUCCAGCAUUUUUGCAUCCACCCAGGUGGACGCGCCGUUAUAAGCGGAAUCGGGAAAAGGUUGAAGCUGAGUGACUACGAUCUGGAGGCGUCACGCAUUGGCGCUCUUUCGCUUUGGCAACACGGCCUCCAGCGGCGUUUGGUACGAAAUGGCGGCUCAAAGUCGGGGAGCGCGUUCUGCAGAUUGCGUUGGGAUCAGGGUUCAAGUGCAACACCGCUGUCUGGGAAGUGCGCCCUUUCGAGACCAGCUGCUGGGAGGAGUGCCUUCAUAGGAAGUGUCGGGGCUAACAGUAGCCAUGUCCAUGAUGGUAAAAUAAUGGAGGCCAUUUUCACAGAUGUAUUGCAAGCCAUUGGUUCUCGCAGUAGGGCAGGUAGAAAUGGAAAUUUUUUGGUCAAGGAAAAUAUCCAAGUGGAGGUUACGUUGGCCAUUGACAAUGUUAGCAUCAAACCCAAUUAUGGCUAUAUUGCUGGGAUCUUCGAUGCUCAGGUUUUCGCCAAGAAACAAGUCAUGGCCAAAGCUCUAGAGACAUAUAAGGACAAUAUUGAGAAGUGUGAGAUGACUCCUUUUGGGAAUUAUGACCUUAUUGAUGUUAAGGAUACAACCCCUAUGAACAUGGGCACUAAGGGUGUCAUGGGUGAGGAAAUUUCUGAUAACAAAGCCCUGGACUCUGGUAACUUGGACCAAGAUUUAAAAAUAGUUGAACAGGUGAUGGAAUCUCUCCCCUUGAUGGGCCUAUGUAAUGACAUUGAUAAAUCCCUUGCUGGAGAUGUACUCAAAGAGAUUGAAGAGACUAUGGAUGACAUGGCUACUGUGAACCCAUAG